UCUCCCCCCAGCCUCUGGAACUCCCCGGAGCUGCUCUCCGACAUCCAGGACGGCUACAGCAUCUCAGGGCACCUGCUGGUCUGCUUCUCCUCGGGCUACUUCAUCCACGACAGCCUUGACAUCAUCUUCAACCACCAGUCCCGCUCGUCUUGGGAGUACCUGGUGCACCAUGCCAUGGCCAUCUCUGCCUUCGUCUCGCUCAUCAUCACGGGUCGUUUCCUGGUGGCGGCGAUACUGCUGCUGCUGGUGGAGGUGAGCAACAUCUUCCUCACCGUCCGCAUGCUGCUGAAGAUGAGCAACGUGCCUUCCCCGGCGCUCUACGAGGCCAACAAGUAUGUCAACCUGGUGAUGUACUUCGUCUUCCGCCUGGCGCCCCAGUCUUACCUCACCUGGUACUUCCUCCGCUACGUGGAAGUGCAGGGCCAGGGUGCCUUCCUCACCGCCAACCUCCUGCUGCUCGACGCCAUGAUCCUCAUGUACUUCUCCCGCCUCCUGCGCUCCGAUUUCUUCCCCUCCCUGCGCAAGGGCUCUGCGGGGAGAGACGUGGAUGGUGAGAAGUUCCUGAUAGACUGAGACGUGCGCGCCCAGGGGGACCCGGGCUCCGGCUCCUGGAGGUUUUUGGGCUCUCCAAACCUGCUCUGAUGUGCCUUAGGGCUCGCUCCCUGGCCCCGGGGCCUGCCUUCACCCGCUCUGCUGCCUAAAAAGCGCUUCCCUGCUGGACCAGCCCGACAGCCUCGCCGAGCCAUGGCGACACCGCCGAAGCCAGGGGCAUGGCCGAUGGAGAAGCAGCCCAAGCCGGCUUCCAUGCAGGCAGUUGGAGGGCCAGGGGUGGCUGCGUUUCGCAGCUGAUGGCCUGAGAGGGUUGCAAGGGAAGGGACGAGUCCCUCCCGUGGUGAUGUUGGGUGUUAUGUGCAUUAAAAUCGGUCUGUUUACUGCUGCCGCA